CCCUACAGUUCACGUGACAGAGAGUAUUAUUACUUCGGCUACUGGGCUUUGAACCUUUAAACAAACUUCAGUUUUUAUCUUUGUUUGAUGGUGGUUGUAAUAGGUGCUACUUUUUAUCGGACUUUGGACCAACGCUAGAUGGGCGUGAUUUGUUCAGUUUUUUAAUUAAGCCGAAGUGUAUAAUAACAGGUAAAAGUAUCUAAAGCUACUGUGGUUGUAAUACCAUUCCGUAAAAUGGCAACCUGUUCGCAAUCCAUUAUUCACAAGGGAUCUGACAUCGUCCAAGACUUCUUGUGCUCGAGCUGUGAAGACAAGAAACUGGAUAAUACAUCUGAUUUCUACUGUGAAUCAUGCUUGAAGUUUUACUGUGGGAAUUGUAUUAACCUACACAGCCUGUUGUUUACAAAUCAUGCCACAUUUGGAAGGAAACACAUGAAGAAAUGGCCAGUGACCAAGAAGGUGGAAGAUUUUCUUCUGAAAUGUGAUGUCCAUAAAGAUGAAAACCUGAAAAUGUUUUGUAAUGAACACAGUGAGCUGUGCUACACAACUUGUGCAUUCCUUAAUCACAGACUCUGCCAAAAAGUAACUCUUAUAUCUGACAAAGCAAAAACACAGUCCACAGACCUUCAGAAACUGUCAGUUUCUAUCCAAAAUAUUCUGGAAAAAAUGAAGAAACUUCAAGACAACCAAGAGGCUAGCCUUCAGUAUAUGCAAAGUUCAUUUCAUGAGCAGUUACAAACGAUACAUGAAACUCGCAGCGAAAUAAAUGCAGCCUUAGACAUGAUUGAACAGAAGACACUGAAUAAAAUGAAAAAUACUCUGACCAAACUGCAAGCCUCUUGCAAAGAUGAUGCUGACAAAUGCAUCAGGCUUCAGGAUGAAUUGAAACAACUUCGAGAGGCCAUAGAGGACAUACGUGAUAAAUGCAAGCUAGAACUAUCCUUUAUAGCUAACAGGAUAUGCGAGGACAAAAUACAGAAGUCUGAAACCUUCCUGAAGAAGAACUCUCUUCAGGUUAAAGUUUCAAUGACAUUCCAGCCUAACAAUAAAAUUGUACAGUACUUGUCCAAACUGUCUGGUCUUGGGAGUUUUGAACAUAGUACCCAGACAUUUAUGGCACAAGAGAAUCCAAACAAGGUGUUCACUGUGCUGGGGAAGUCUGUACAUAAUGUAAGCACAUCAAGUGAUUCAAAGGAAUGCCAUAUCGGUGCCAUCUGUGUUCUCCCAGAAGGAAAGGUCCUUGUUUUAGACGAUGAUAAUAAGAAAAUCAAGCUUCUUGACCAGCAGUACCAGGUGUUGAGUCACUGUGGUGUGACUGCCUUAUUAAGGGAUAUGUGUCAGAUCACACCCAGGGAGGUGGCUGUGACUGUGGAUGAUCUACAUAACACACAUGAGGUCCAGUUCAUCACAGUCAAGAACAGGAAGCUGGUCACAGGAAGGAAGCUUCAGUUACCACAUGAAUGUAGAGGUAUUGCCUUCCACCAGGGAGACCUUUAUAUUACUUCUGGUUCUGCACUGUACAAGUACACGCUGAGUGGAAAACUUGUCAGCAAGAUGUAUGAGGAUACAUCAUGGAGUUGUACAGUAUGGAAGUGUGCUGUGAGUCCCACAGGGGACAAGUUGUACAUCACAAACAACUCCCAUGAAAAGCUCCUCACCCUGGCCAGGGAUGGCUCAGUCCUGGCCACCUUCACUGACCCUGCACUACGAGCCCCACGUGGUGUACACGUUACACCUGCAGGCCAGGUGCUGGUAUGUGGAGGCUCGUCCCACACUAUCCUACAAGUGGACAGUGAGGGCAGAAGGAAGCUGGCUACAAUUGCUAAACAGGAGGAUGGAGUGGUGCUCCCAAAGUCAGUCUGCUACAACAGACACACUGCCUCCAUCAUUGUGGGAUUUUAUUUCGACAACAGUAUCAUGGUAUUCAAAGUGGAAUAACCUAAUUUUCCAUGUAUUUGAUUCAUGAUUCAGAUGAUUUAAAUUGCCAUCAUAAUAUGUUGUUUUGCAUAAGAGCAUUGUGUUAUGAUACUACAACAAUGUAAGUAUUAUUACAGAUAUAUAUAUUUUGUAAACAAAUAAUGUCAGUAUUUCAAAGAAUAGUUUAUGUGAAUAUCAGAUGGGUUGUAUAAUGCAUCAUACUUUUACAUCUAUUACGAGUGUUUUUAUAUUUCUCUAUGACUUAACAAGUUGACAUGAACUGCUCUAAAAAUACAAAAACAAUUUUAGUUCAGAAUAUAAUGUUUGUUAUUUAGAUAACAUAAAAUCACACUAGAUCUAUCUAUGUAUAGGCAGUCAUUCUUAUAUCAGAUACAUUAUACAUUAGAAGAUUGAAGACUUGACAUGUGUUCAAUGCUUGGUUCUGAAGUAUGGAGAAUAGUUUUGUUUUGAGAACGUUUUCUGCCAGUUGGCCCGAAUAACUAAUGUUAAUUCAGCAAUGGCUAAUAUGAAAUAAAGCGUUAAAGCAUUGCGUUUUGCAUUAAUGUAAACCAAGUGUACAGGUACAAACUAUUUAAUAAAGUGUAGACAUGUAAAGCAGCUACAGCUGUUUGACAUCUAACUGUCAGAAUCAAUAUAUUUUGUGUGUGCAUCUUGAUAUUUGCCAAAGCAUUUAUACUUGCAGGCUGCGUUUUCAUUAAUAACAAUAACUUUUAUUUUGUAUGCUGUGCACUAGUAAAUAUUAUAGCAUGUUGUUGCUCCUCAAAGUUUCCUAUACUGAUAUACUCACAAAAGCUCAUUCAAAUCGAUUAAUAAUUGACAUUCAACCAUUUUAUAAUAAUAAUUUUUGAAUGAGCCAGCACUCCACCUGCACAUCAUCGGUAAAUCUUUGUAAAU